CUUCUUUUUUCUUGUAUUAUAGCCUUGGUUCAUGAUUAGACGGUUGAAUAUUACUGUUAUCUUGUCUUGUCUUAUUUUUAUUUAAUUUAUGUGUAUAUCAUGAGCCGAACUGAUGAGGAGAAUCCUGGGGUCCAGGCUGGACGAAGCCGGGACUCUUCUAUGGAUGUUGAGAAGCUCGGUCGUCAACGACCUGAAGUGUUUAAGUCAAUAUGGGCCGAACUAGGAUUUGGUUUCUCUGUGUUUUGCUCUAUGUUAAUGGCUGAAUUCUUCGUCAGUGGAUUUCAUGUUAUCCUUCCACCAUUAGCCGAAGAACUCAAUAUCCCGGCUGCAUCACAAACAUGGCCCUCAAGUGUCUUCUCACUCAUCACAGGAGCCAUGCUUCUACCAAUGGGCCGCCUGAGCGAUAUGUACGGCGGUUACAUCGUCUUUAAUGGUGGUCUCCUGUGGUUCUUGCUCUGGGCUCUCAUUGCUGGGUUCAGCAAGAACUAUAUGAUGCUCAUCUUCUGUCGAGCCCUUCAAGGCUUCGGUCCUGCGGCAUAUCUUCCUGGUGGUGUUAUGCUGAUGGGCAAGUUCUAUCGCCCUGGACCUCGAAAGAAUCUCAUCUUUGCUCUGUACGGGGCUUUUGCACCCCUGGGAUUCUUCUUCGGUAUCUUCGUUGCAGGUCUGACAGCAGAGUAUCUUGACUGGCGCUGGUACUUUUGGAUCGGCACUAUCGUAUUUGCCGUUGUCUCUUCAGUUUCCCUUCUCGCUGUCCCUUUCGACUUCCAUGAUAGAAAGACCGAUAUCCCCAUGGAUUGGUGGGGCGUUGGAACUAUUGUCCCGGGCCUUCUCCUCGUUGUCUACUCUCUAACAGAUAGUUCACAUGCCCCCCACGGCUGGGCAACACCCUAUAUCAUCGUCACACUCAUCCUCGGAGUCAUGUUCCUAGCUAGCGCAUGGUACGUCGAAACGCACAAAGCUCGAGUUCCUCUUCUGCCUGCCGACCUCUUUGCGCCAAAGGGAAUGAAUCGUUUGCUAGCCGUGCUCUUCAUGGCUUUCGGCACCUUUGGACUCUUCCUCUUCUAUUCAAGCUUCUAUAUGGAAUUAGUCUUGCACAGGUCACCACUCAUCACUGCCGUCUGGUACAUACCAAUGUGCGUUGGUGGGCUCAUCAUCGGUACCGUGGGAGGUUUCACACUGCACUUCCUCCCAGGACGGGUGUUGCUUUUCAUCUCGUCGUUAGCCAAUGCGAUUACCAUGUUGCUAUUUGCCCUUAUGCCUGAGAACCCGAAUUACUGGGCCUGGGUUUUCCCAGCGAUGGUCUGUUGCACAAUCGGCAUCGACAUUACCUUCACAGUCAGUAACAUCUUCCUGACGACCAACAUGCCGAGCCAUCGACAGGGACUCGCGGGAGCUCUGAUCAACAGUGUUCUCUUCCUAGGCAUCAGUUUCUUCCUCGGUAUUGCAGAUAUCGCGGUUGCAGAAACGGCGAGCCUGGGACUUCGAAAGAGCUAUAAGGUGGCAUUUUGGCUGGCUUUUGGCGUGGCAUCGAUUCCAUUACUCUUCAUCCCAUUCAUUCGGAUUGGUUCCGCUAAGAGCGAGCUUACAGUGGAUGAGCGGCAGAGGUUGGAGCAGGAAGCAGAAACACAAGCACAACCGCAGGAGCCGAAGACUUAGAUGGCCAGGGGAGGCGAGAAAACGUUAGGAACUUAAUCCUAAGUGACAAAAAUACUUAGGCAAGUUUAGUAUAUUUCAGUUGACCUUUAGACUAGUUGAUUUUGGUACCAUGCUUUGACGUCAGAGGUUUUAUUACCUCGAAGGGAUGGGAGGUAUCUCAGCAGGUAAGGGGAGGGAGUUAGGGACUUGAUUUCGAAUGACAGAUAUCCAUGGAUUAUACUUCAAACAAAACCAGCGUUGCAUAUAGCAUGUUAUUUAGGAAACACCCGGUUCGGUUUUAUUCAAAUGGCA